CGAUGGUGAGCGGUAGUGCUUGUAUGGCUGGCUCCAUACUCCAUACCACAUAGGCCACACGCUCGUCAGAUGACAAAACACACGGGAGUGUGCGCAUACGUUCCAAAAUAUAUCGAAUUGUACUUAUAAUUUUAGGCGGGAAAACAAGAAACAUUGCGAUUUAUGUUUUUAAUUAACUAGAUGAAUUGUUUGUGAUCUGGAUAAUUUUAUUUUUCUUAUGUGAUUUUUACUUCGAAUAUGAGAUCAGGAGCUAUUACAACUGUGCUACUAUUCCACCUCUCAUGGGAAGUGGUCAUAGGCACCCAGUUCGUAUCCCACGUGCGAGUGACCACACCAGCACAUAGCUACGCACAUGGCGUCGGUGAUCCCUUACCAGUUCGGGAGAGAAGUUUGCAUUCUCGUCGACCACCUAUACGGGAUUUGAGAACGUCACAGGCAACACAAGCGCAGUACGGUGGUUAUCCAAGGCUCAAACCGUUGAUACCUUUCAACGCAGAAGAGCCACGCGCCAAAAUUUCACCAUGGCAGCAUGCGUUAGAUAAUGCAGAGACAAUUCCCGUGCUGCCACCAUCGCCAUAUAAAGUGGACUCUCCCGACCCAGAGUCUCUUUGGCCCGUAGGUCUUUUCCUACCGCCCUUGAAACCGCCAAGCUUCGAUAUAAACCGACGAUCGAGUACUGGUGACUACUUAAACCCUGGUCUUAAUGGAGAAGAAACCAAUUACAAUGAUCCAUAUUUUCUACAAGGUUCGGAGGCAUUAGCGGCAGUGGAGAAAGCAAGAUUGCAUGGAAAAUUAUAUUUUCACGACAUUCCUCAUAUAACAUCGCUUUUGGCGAAUCAAGAACUACGUAUAAAAAACAACCUAAAACCUAACAGGAUUGGAAGCAUACGACAAAGCUGGCCAUACAAUAGGGUGUAGAAUGUCGUAAUAAAUAAAUGUUAGGAUUUUGUAUAUCUUUCGAAAUACUCACGUCGAUUCGUUUUAAGGUUAUAAAAAAUUAAAAAUAAAAUAAAUACCUCAGUCUAA